UUUAAAUUAUUGCAACUAUAAAUGUAAAACAUUAUCUAAAAUGGUUCAGAUGAGGAAACAGAAUUUAUAUUUGACUCCAAUGCAGUGCAGUAGAAUGAGAGCAAGACUAAAAUUUCAUAAGCAAAUGUAAUUUACUAAAUCUCAUUUUAAUUAUAGGAAGAGAUCAAACAAUUAAAUGACUAAAAUAAGGAAUUGGCCACUUAACUCAAUAAAUAGAAUGAAUUACUUGAUUUAAAACAUAAGCAGAAUUAAUAAAUGCAAACUGAAGGUAUUAAUGAUGUUUAAAAUUUCUCAGUAAUAAAAUUGAAGGAAAUAAUCGAUGAUAGAGAACUUAAGUUAUUAUAAUCUAUGAAAGAAAAGCAACAAAUAUAAAAUGAGCUUAUUGGUUUACAUGAUAUUUUAGACCAGACUACUCAAAGAAAUGAUCAAUUAAAUUCUGAAGUGUUUGCACUUAGAUUAACAAUGGAGUAAUUAUAAUGUAAAACCUCUUAUAAUUUAUAUAAUAGAGACUGCUACAAUGUGUAAGGAAGAUACUAAUUAAACUUUACAAAGAGAGUUGAGAUUAAAGGAAAAUGUUGAAGCCCAAACCAAAGCAAUUAAAUAAUACGAAGAAACCAUAAGGAAAAUUUCUAAUGAACUUAAUCAAAAAUAAACUUAAUAUAAGAUUGAUAUUUAAAAUAGAGAAAACUAGAUUUAAGAUUUAAAGAGAAAACAUGAUUUGUAAAUGUAAUAGAAUACAGAAAUAAUCCAGGAGCUAAUAGAAUAAAAAAACUAAAACCUAUAAAACUCUGUUAUGAGCAAAGAUUAUAAACCAGAACUUACAAAAAUGACAAAAGAAAUUGAAGAAUACAAAAAUCAGAUUAAAGGAUAAAAUCAUUAGAUAAGUAUUUAAAAUGAAAAACUUUUGGCACUUUAAAAUUAAUUGGCAAAGUCUGAAUAAUCCAUAGCUGAUCUUUUCACUGAACUUUAAUAGACUAAGCAAAAAUUAAAGGAAAAAGAUUAAGAACUUUCAAAUAAACUUGGAGAGAGUAUGUAGACAAUUGAAAAAUUAAAUACCUAGAUUUCAUAAUUGAAUAAUUAAUUACAAUUACUUAAAUAAUAAGAUUAAAAGAUAAAUCUUGUGAGAAGUAUUUCUUAAAAUCAAGAUGAAAGAUUUGUUAAAGAUAUACAAUUAAAAAACGAAUAAAUUGCAAUGUUGCAGAAUGAAAAUAAUUAAUUAGUAAAAUUAAUUGAGACAUUAAAGAAUUAAAAAUGUAAUUAUUUAUUCUAUAAAUUUAGCUGAUUAAUAGGGAAAUGAAGUUACUAAAAUUAGAUAAUUAGAAUCAGAAUUAAAAAGUCUUUAAUAAUUCAUUUACGAUAGUCCUUUGGUGGUUCUAUUUAAUCUUCUUGAAGACAGAUUAUCCAAAUAACAACAAAAGAGUUUUGAAAAUAAAAAAAAGAUUUAAGAUUUCUGGAGUAAUCAAUUAAAACAGUGGACAGAAGGAUUUGAAGAAUUGAAAAAAGCAUUUGGAGGUUUGAAGAUUUCAUUUAAAUAUGACCUUAAAUACCCAAUUGUUUAAAAUGAAUGAAUA